GGAGGCCGGGCACGUGUCCCCGAGAAGGAGCCGGUACCCGAGUACCUCCAAGCGGUGGUAAGCUGCAAGCUGGGAGAGCCUCAUCGACAGUAUCCAGAGUGCCGAUGUGGAGAACGAGUCGAGAUCGUGCCGGAGGUCGAGAUACCACUCGAAAGCUUGGGAGACUAUCACGUCAGAGUUAAGCCCACUCACAAAGGCACGAGACACAUCUACUACCACUGCCUGUUCUGUAGCCAGUGCCUCGAUGGCGUUCGCACCCUGUCUAAUUGUUCUAGAAUGAUAGAUACUCAAUGCACAACAUCUUGUAUUAAAGCAACCGAUAUCUUUGACAAGGGUAGAAAGGCCUGUGUCCCAGACCCGCGAUUCAAGGAAGAUACAACGAAAUCGGCUGAUCAAACAAACUUGGUGGAUGAAGGUGGAGUUCAGACAGAGGGAGAAAGGACGAAUAAACCAUCGUCGAUGCAAAAUACAGACAAUCACAAUCCGAAUGGUUCCUCCGGCAAAUUGCUGUUCCUCGCUGACGACAAAUACCUCCUGAUCGUAGGCGGGGCCCUCGUCGUCGCCGUAGUCAUUGUCCUGAUUGUCAACAUUUUCAUCUGCAAGUACUUCUACCAUAAAAAAAAGCGCGACCAGGAAAAAGAUCAAGAAAAAGAGAAAAUGCUGCCGUCGACAUCGAAUGACCCCGAUGUGUGAAGGUAGCGAUGAUCAUUGUCGUCUUCAUAAACCAACUUGAUCUUGCCAUCAUCCUGCCUCUAGAGAUGCUGCGAUUUAUUGGACCAUUUCGGGACAGAAUGAAACAGAUAUAUGAAAAGGAUACUCCGAAAUCUGUUUUUUUUUUAUAUUUCGUAAAAAGUAUAGUGUUAGGGUGACGGUUGCAACUAGGUUUUUAGUUUAGGAUUAAGUUAGGGUUAGUUAUAAUAUUUGAUUCAGGUUUAAAGUUAGAGUUGGGUUAGUGUUGGAAAUCGCCGCGGAGCAAUUGUUACAGGAGUC